UAACCUUUUGUGCUUUCAGUGUAUAUAUAUUUUACUGCUUUUGAUAAAUUAGUGACCUCAAAAUAUCCACCAUGGCAAAUGAAGGUGAUGAAGUUGGAAAGAUUUUUGUCGGAGGACUGACCAGGGAAACGACCGAUGAUAUGCUUAGAAGUUAUUUCGCUGCAUAUGGUGAAAUCAAUGAGUCUGAGAGUAUUGUAAUGAGGGACAAAUUAACCCAAGUCUCUCGUGGAUUUGGAUUUGUUAAAUUUAAUGAACAAAGUUCGGUUGCUGAAGUUUUGAAGAACAGGCCACACAUGUUAGAUAAUAAGAAAAUUGACCCAAAACCAUGUACUCCAAAAAGCAUACAACAGCAAAAGAAAAAUGCUGCAAUGGAGCAUACUUCAACUCACAAAAUAUUUGUUGGUGGAAUCGCACAGAACACUACAGAAGAAGAUGUGAAAACUUAUUUUGAACAAUAUGGGACUGUCAAUGAAGUUAUAUUUGUAAUCAACAAUGAAGAAAAACGACAUAAGGGUUUUGGUUUUGUUACAUUUGAAGAUGAAUCUGCUUUCAACCAAGCAGUUGAUAAGCAUUUCCAUGAAAUAUGUGGGAAAAGAGUAGAAGCAAGAAAGGCCGUACCAAGAGAAAAACAAGGCGGUGGUCGUGGUGGCAUGGGAAGACCAGAUGGUAGUGAUGGCUAUGAAGGUUUAUACACAUAUGGAUAUGCGAAUCAAGGUCAAGGAGGUUUCAUGCCACCGCAGGGAAACGGAAUGAUGGAAUAUGGAUAUCAGGGAUAUGGUACCACUUAUCCUCAAGGAUUUGGCCAAAUGGGCCAACAGAGCUAUUAUGGAUAUAAUUAUAAUCCAGCAAUGGGUGGCUAUGGUGGAAUGGGACAGAUGGGAAAAACUGACAAUGGGAGCGGUGCAUAUGGUGGUAUGGGUGGUAAUUAUCAGCAGCAAUCAUCUGGCUAUGGUCCAGCUAGUAGGGGUGGUGGGAAUCAGGCGUAUGGAGGUAGUUCUGGUGGGGCAGAGUAUGGGAAUGGAUAUGGAAGAAGUGGUGGAGAUACUGGAGGAAAAAGUUCCGGGCAAGGAUAUCAUCCAUACAAAAGAUAAUCAUUGAAUGAAGAAGAUUUUAUAACUUGCUCUGUCACUCAGAGGCUGUGUUAUCACGGCUGACCUUUUAUAUAAAAAAAUGGAAAAGAUAAUAUCCCCUUCCCUAAUUUGGAUAAUGUAAAAAGCAAUAAAAAUACUUCCCAUCGACCAGAAAAUCCAUUUUGUACUUUCGUGUAGCAUUUAAUGUGUUUAAAUUACAAUUUCUGCUGAUUUUUGAGUACAUUUCAUGAUUAAACCUAAGUUAGAUUAGA